GUGCACACGAAACCCAGUAGCAAUAAGACCAGGUGACUAUAAAGAGCAGCUCUUCUUGAAAUGACUGUUUCAAGAGAUGUGGUUGAUUCUCGACCCGCGAAUCUGCCUCUUCGCCCAUCGCGGGCUCGGAUAUUGUUACUUUUCAUCCGCAACGACCGCCAAGAAGAGAUUGCUGGACGAUUCUCCUUGCCAAAAUGCUGUCUAUACUCCGAAAAGCUAGGCUCAAGGAUAAGGAGAUGCGAAUUUUGAUGCUUGGUCUCGACAAUGCGGGCAAGACGACCAUCGUCAAACAGAUCAUGAACGAGGAUGUCACCACUGUCAGCCCGACGCUGGGCUUUAUCAUCAAGACGAUCGAUUUUGACGGGUACCGGUUGAACAUUUGGGACGUCGGCGGCCAAAAGACACUGCGAUCGUACUGGAAAAACUACUUCGAAAAGACUGAUACGCUGGUCUGGGUUGUUGAUGCAACGGAUCGAUUACGAGUCGAUGAUUGCCGCGACGAGCUUGCUGGCCUUCUGCUUGAAGAGCGAUUGAUGGGCGCAAGCCUUUUGGUGUUCCUAAACAAGACUGAUGUCGAAGGGUGUAUGACCGAGGACGAAGUCAGGCAGCGUCUACAACUAGAUUCGAUCAAAACCCAUAAAUGGACGAUACUGCCUUGCAGUGCGAUGACAGGCAAGAAUCUACGCGAGGGCCUGGACUGGGUGGUCCAGGAUGCGAAGGACCGGUUGUUCCUUUACUGAUCAUUCACGUCGAUGAGCUUGCGUAUAUAGAACGCAUAUAACGAGCUACGAUUCUUGGGAGGAAUAUAAGAGAGAGUUUAAAAUGAGCCGAUUCCUGAGCUGUAGUGGACAGUGAUUCCGUCUUUCUUUUCGAUCCCUUAAUUUCGCCAACGUGCCCAGCUUUGCGCUAGGCGUGAAAAAAGAAUAUCGAGAAAAAAAGAUGCGCUGACGGGGAGUCGAACCCCGGUCCCCA